AUGUCGAGGUACAAUGCGAUCAAUGCAGGUGUGCGGGACACGUUCCGGCAUCCGCCAGACUUUGAUUUCUCCUCGACAGGAGGCGAACCAAGCACGAGACGUCUGGGCCGCAGAGCGGUUCAACGCGUGUUUAGUGGGAAACCUCCAAUCUCGAGAAUGAGCCAGUCAGAGCAAACUUAUCGUACUUCAAAACCUCAGAAAGAGGUCAGCGGAGCGGUGGCGCUUCAGGUUGGCCAGGAAUGUCUUGCGGUCCUCGAGUUGCGACGAGUGGAGUGGGAAAGCACAGGGCGACGCCUCCUUCAGAGAAUGCGAAAGCAGACAGAGAAAAAGCGAUUUCUAGCACUAACCAGGUCCUCUAAAAAAGGACAGGGUGUUUCGAAACAGCGGCCUACGCUUGCCCUACACAAGUUAUCUGGCGAGCGUCUGCUACUCACCCGAAGCUGGGACGCCAGGGAUCUACGAGCAGUUGAGUGGGUUUCAGAGUCGACGGAGUCGAAAACAAGGCUCACACUCCUCUUCAACGAUGGGAGUUGUUUAUUUUGUGCUCCGAGCGACCUAGCUGAGGCAACGCGCUUUGUGCAGGUGCUCCAGGAUAGCUAUCGAGAGUGCUAUGCUGCGGAGCUGCAGCUUCGGGGUCAGCGAGCGACGACCGACAAAGUCAUGAGCUCAGGUACCAUGGAAAGCACUGCACGAGAACCUCCUGUCACUCUCAAAGGCAUCACAGCAGAUGAAGGUGCUGCGGUCGACGUCGAAGGAGGGGCACGUCUGCCUCUUGACGCAGCCGCUGCAAGCAGCCAGCCGGUGCCUUCGUCAGCGUCUGCUCUUCGGAGGCGGUCGCCUUCGCCCGGGCCUCAGGAUCAAGUCUCUGAUGGCGUUGCUGUGCAGCAGACUGUCAAUAACGCUAGACAAAACGGGACGGACGCACUUGCGGGAAUUCUGACGCCACCUUUGUUGCAUAGGACGCUAACCUCAUUCGAAGGGCCCGCCCUCGACCUGACCGCUGGCACUACUAGCCCGGAGCUGGAGCCUCCCUCGACAUUGGUGGCGUUCGAUUGGGGCCAGCUGACGCACGUGGAGCAUAUUCCUGAACAGUUGCAGGAUCUUUCGAGGCUUUUACGCGAACAUACACCGGAAUUUGGAGCAGAGGAGAAGCGUUGGCGACGGGUAUUCACAGCACUGCGUCACCGGCCCUUGUUCCAGGCCCUGGAGUGGACUCGGCUUGCGGCGCUGGAGGUGGAAAUUCGGAAUCUUCGCCGCCUUGAAUGCGAGCUGCGGCAUGCACUCACUGUUUGCUCUUUGUCGGAAUCUGAGCGCAGACUACUCGAUUCAGAGCCGGAUGAUGUGUCGAGCCUGGGGGAGUCGCUCGCAGCGCUCGCAGCCAAGCUUGUCGAAUGGAAGGCUUUCGCUGCAGAGCAUCGCAGCUGGCGCGCAGUAUGCGAAACUGCUGACAGCCAGGAGCAAUCCGUCGCCAAAGUGAAGAUUCUGCUCCAGAGGCAUCUCGUCGCGCUAUUUGCCGAGGCGCUGUCGGCAGGUGAAUUCGCAGCGUUGCAGGGCCCUGUCACUGCAGAGCGCUGGAGUCUAUGGCAUCACAACUGCGAGCUACUGGGACAGCUUACCGUUGGGGCGCAAGCAACGCUCUAUGAUCAGUGCAUCGCGCUCGUCGGUGAUUCGCAACCGUUUCGAGGAAUUGCUGAUGAGCUGCAACGCUGGGCACAGGAGCUGCGCACCAAACUCACAAGUCAUUGCUUCGAAGUGCAAAUCACGGAACAGUUGACGGAAAUACUGAACAGGCUCGCGGCAGUUACUGCCGACAGAAUGGCACACUUGGCACCACUGCUUGCAGAGGCGACACCGCUCGUUUUCGAAGGCGCACUUUAUCAGGUGCUCGAAGCACCGUUCCAUAACUGGAUGCACGACACUCCCGAACUGCGAGCGACUGCAUGGCUCACGAUGCUUCUCGCCGUCGAGUGCCUGCCGAGCGGCGCACCGCUGAAGCCUCGCGUGCGAGCAGAAUGGAACGAAGCUGCCUCGAUUACAACUGCUCCGCUGCAACGACAACGCCAUUCGAACGAUGCCGCCAAGUCUGCUGCGCUCGAGCCGGAUGCAGGAUACGCUGCUCUUGAUGCUGCUACUACUCUUGCCACUGCUGCAACACUCGAUGGACCAGCGACUGCGACGAUAUCUGCCACCUGGGAAAGCUGCCUACGACAAUGGCGUGAGCGGCUAUACAGAGCCUGGCGAGAAGCGCUCGAACAGUGCAGCGCAAUGCACUCUGUCUCGUCGGAUAGCGCAGUCUCGGCGCAGGAAUGGUUUCGAAAUGCCGUCGCCCAACUUUUGGGCAGCUGCAAUAUACCAAGGGCUAGUCAGUACAUUCGGGAGUGGGACGAGCACUGGAGCACGCGCUCCAGCGCGUGCUGA